CCAACUUGACAUCAUUUCAAUGGCUGAAACAACAAUGAUGCCUGAGGAAAUUGAGCUGGAGAUGGCGAAGAUCCAGAGGCUCCGGGAAGUCUUAGUCAGGAGAGAGUCAGAGCUCAGGUUCAUGAUGGAUGACAUCCAGCUGUGCAAGGACAUUAUGAACCUUAAGCAGGAGCUGCAGAGUUUGGUGGCAAUCCCAGAAAAAGAGAAAACAAAGAUGGAGAAGCAAAGAGAGGAUGAACUGAUUCAGAAGAUCCAUCGACUGGUACAAAAAAGAGAUUUUCUUGUGGAUGAUGCAGAGGUGGAGAGAUUACGGGAAAAAGAAGAAGACAGAGAGAUGGCCGAGUUCCUUCGCACCAAGUUAAAACCCAUAGACAAAGCAACACAGUCUCCUCCCAGCAGCCCAGCAGAAAAGAAGGCAGAACCUCCUCCAAGCAAGCCCACCAUUGCCAAGGCAGGGUUGACAAUUAUCAAAGAUUGUUGUGGGGCCACCCAGUGCAGCAUCAUGUAGAGCCCUGGGCUUCUACCCUGCUUGUCUUGUCAGUGUUUCAUAGAGAGGAAGGGGAUGGAGAGGGGAACCAACAGCCUCCUGCUGAGGGAGCAGAGCAGCUGCACGAGUGGGACCAUGGACUGGACAAUGGCAGCUUCUCACUGUUGCAUGGAUCACUCUACAUGCAUGCCUAAAACAAAAGAAAUCUGUGUAGUGGCUGCCCAGGGACCAGAAGAGAUCGGCAGUAGAGUCAACACAAAACACCCCUGUGAUACAGGUGAAUGAAAAGGGGCUAUAAUUGAUCCAGAAUGGUGUAAAAAAGCAAUGUUAAUAGGCUAUAACUUUAGAAGAAUAUGUUGUACACUUUCCCCCCCCCCGUGGCAAACU